AUGAAGGGCGGCCAUGUGAGCAAGCAGAGUUUCGAAAAGGAUUCAAUACGAUUGGCCAAAUACACUGUUUCAAAACUCAUAGAAGUAGAGUCGCUAGAGUACAAGAUGACGAUGUGUCUCACUUUCAUCAACUUAAAGGAGGACUUCGCUAAGUCGAUUUCAUCCAAAAUAUUCAGCGUCACUCUCGAGAACGCGAUGCGAGGAUCGGAAUGGGAUUACAUGGGAGUGAAAGUUGACGGCUGA